AUGUCAAACCACCCUCAUGCUCCGUCGUUACCUUUCUCCUCGCGCAAACCGGAUGGCGCCGAUUUCGAGCUAGAUGAAAAGUGGAAGGCUCAAUUGAAGAAGAGGAUCGAGGGAAGUUUUCAAUCCAUGGUGCGAGACGCAAAGGAUAACUAUCAGGCCAGGAUCAGGAAGGGAUCUAUCAGUGCGGAGGCUCGCACACGUGUGGAGGCGGAAUACAGGCAGGAGAUGACGACCGUCAAGGAAUUGGCCACGGAACAGUAUCAGUAUGAGAUCAAUCGUGAACGAGACCAGCGCCGGCUGACUGCAACUAUGCCUUUCAUCCGACACAACGAUGCAAACCCGUCUAAUGACGAACAGGCAUCAUCACUUGCCUCCCAACACAAACCUGAUACCACUGAUUUCGAGCCAGAUGAAGAGUGGAAGGCUCAACUGAAGAAGAGGAUCGAGGGUGGUCUUCAAUCCAUGGUGCAAGAUGCGAAGGCUAGGAUGCCAGACAAGACCAAGAGGCAUAUCACUGUAGAGACCCGCUUGCGCCUGGAGGCGGAAUACAAGUAG